CUGUGUUUCUCGCUGCACAAAAACAUUCACCAAAAUACGCAAAACACGCAAAAAGGGGAAAAAUUUUGCUCACAGAACAAGGCGAGCCCAAAUCCAAAAUCUUCUUCGCUGCAGCUCCCUUUUCCAUCUGGUUCCGUGUGCUUUGGUUCAUUCCGUGCUGUCCCCUUUCGUGCGUGAGUAGCCAGGAUGGGAAACGCAGGUAGCAAUUUGCCAAGGGAGCGUCAUAAAUCCGGAUCGAAUGAUCCCAUCCCGGGCUCGCCGAUGAAGGACGACCAGGCGUUCGUGUUUGACCGCAAGCCACACAUCCACGGGUAUCCGUUCGCGACGGAGGAGGAGGUGGAACCGUACGGGUACUCCAAGUCCGUGCCCGAUCCGGAGUUUGCCCGCGAGCCGCGGAAGCGUUCCAGCACCAUGUCCGAGGGAACGACCCCAUCCGAGGCGCCUGCAGGUGGAGCGGGCGGUGGUGGCGGUGGCCCGGAUGAUGAUGCACAGCAGGAGGAGGAGCAGUCCAGUACGCUGCCGACCGUGUUCAAGUGGGACGGCGGUGGCAAGCAGGUGUUUAUUAGCGGCACGUUCUCGCAGUGGAAGGUACUGCCGAUGGUGAAAUCGCACGCCGACUUUGUGACCAUCAUCAACAUCCCGGAGGGGGACCAUCAGUACAAGUUUCUGGUUGAUGGCGAAUGGAAGCACGAUCCGAAGCUGAAAAAUGUAGAAAAUGACGCUGGCACCACGAACAACCUCGUCACCGUGCGUCAGUCCGACUUUGAAGUAUUCCAAGCGCUGGCCAAGGACAGCGAGGACACGGGCAAGGACGAGUCGAAGGAAUGGGGCCAGGACAUACCGACGGCCAGACCGUGGGGCAAGGAAUCGGGCCCGCCCGUACUGCCGCCCCAUCUGCUGCAGGUCAUUCUCAACAAGGACACUCCACUAUCGUGCGAACCGACCCUGCUGCCCGAGCCGAACCACGUCAUGCUGAAUCACCUGUACGCCCUUUCGAUCAAGGACGGUGUCAUGGUGCUGAGCGCGACGCAUCGCUACCGGAAGAAAUACGUCACCACGCUGCUCUACAAACCGAUCUAGAUGCUUGUGGCCGCGGGUAUGUGUGCGGGGGAGGGUGUAGCCUAUUCAUACCAUUACGCGAGCAGCGUGCCUUGGGCGCGAUAUCAUAUUAGAUAGGGGGGGACAGGGAACUACUAAUGGGGAUAAACCAAAACGAUUGAAAACCAAAGCUGAAUAAGCUUACACACAACGACAACCCAUUGUGUGGUUAAUCCAUCCGCUGGGGCCACAGAAACACACAAACGUACACAGAUACAUUCAUCAUUGGAUUGGUUCCUGGUUGGUUGGUUGCUGUGCUGUGUGGCGGAAAGGAUAAUUUGACCGCCGCGUGGAGGUCACACAGCUAAAUGUAUUUUUUUUAAAUUCCUCACACACAGUUCGUUGAUUAUAUAUUGCGUAGUUUGUAGGUAAGACUAGGAAAAGAAUGGCUUGGAAAAAUUAACUGUAGAACAAAAAAGAAGACGGGAACUAGUUUGGAGAGAAUGCAGAAGAGAGAGAAAGAGGACGAUUUACGCGACAGUCGCAGCCAUGGUAGAGAGAAAUAUUUUAAUUGCUUUUCUGUUUUCGCCGUUUCCCAAUCGAUCGAAAACGACGACGACUGGCCGGUGGCGAUACAAAUACAAUAUUUUACGAAUCUUUCGUGUAAAUACGCUGGAUAAAGCUGGUGUUAAUGAAACGAUGAAUAAAGUUUUUUCGAACACUCAA